UUCUCCAGGAAUCCCUGGAGCGAGCGGCUGCUGAAGGCGUCGAGGUGUGGGGGCACUUGGACAGAACAGUCAGGCAGCCGGGAGCUCUGCCAGCUUUGGUGACCUUGGGCCGGGCUGGGAGCGCUGCGGCGGGAGCCGGAGGACUAUGAGCUGCCGCGCGGUGUCCAGAGCCCAGCCCAGCCCCACCGAGCGCGGCCCCGAGCUCUGUUCCCUGGAACUUUGGGCACUGCCUCUGGGACCCCUGCCGGCCAGCAGGCAGGAUGCCUUCCAGGCCGCCUACAUCGGCAUCGAGGUGCUCAUCGCCCUGGUCUCUGUGCCCGGGAACGUGCUGGUGAUCUGGGCGGUGAAGGUGAACCAGGCGCUGCGGGAUGCCACCUUCUGCUUCAUCGUGUCGCUGGCGGUGGCUGAUGUGGCCGUGGGUGCCCUGGUCAUCCCCCUCGCCAUCCUCAUCAACAUUGGGCCACAGACCUACUUCCACACCUGCCUCAUGGUUGCCUGUCCGGUCCUCAUCCUCACCCAGAGCUCCAUCCUGGCCCUGCUGGCAAUUGCCGUGGACCGCUACCUCCGGGUCAAGAUCCCUCUCCGGUACAAGAUGGUGGUGACCCCCCGGAGGGCGGCGGUGGCCAUUGCCGGCUGCUGGAUCCUCUCCUUCGUGGUGGGACUGACCCCUAUGUUUGGCUGGAACAAUCUGAGUGUGGUGGAGCGGGCCUGGGCAGCCAAUGGCAGCAUAGGGGAGCCUGUGAUCGAGUGCGAGUUCGAGAAGGUCAUCAGCAUGGAGUACAUGGUGUACUUCAACUUCUUCGUGUGGGUGCUGCCCCCGCUGCUCCUCAUGGUCCUCAUCUACCUGGAGGUCUUCUAUCUAAUCCGCAAGCAGCUCAACAAGAAGGUGUCGGCCUCCUCCGGUGACCCACAGAAGUACUAUGGGAAGGAGCUGAAGAUCGCCAAGUCACUGGCCCUCAUCCUCUUCCUGUUUGCCCUCAGCUGGCUGCCUUUGCACAUCCUCAACUGCAUCACCCUCUUCUGCCCGUCCUGCCACAAGCCCAGCAUCCUUACCUACAUUGCCAUCUUCCUCACGCACGGCAACUCGGCCAUGAACCCCAUUGUCUACGCUUUCCGCAUCCAGAAGUUCCGCGUCACCUUCCUUAAGAUUUGGAAUGAUCAUUUCCGCUGCCAGCCUGCACCCCCCAUUGACGAGGAUCUCCCAGAAGAGAGGCCUGAUGACUAGACCCCGCCCUCUGCUCCCACCAGCCCAUAUCCAGUGGGGUCUCAGUCCAGUCCUCACCUGCCCGCUGUCCCAGGGGUCUCCCUGAGCCUGCCCCAGCUGGGCUGUGGGCCGGGGGCAUGGGGGAGGCUCUGAAGAGAUGCCCACAGAGUGUGGUCCCUCCACUAGGAGUUAACUACCCUACACCUCUGGGCCCUGCAGGAGGCUUGGGAGGGCAAGAUCCUACAGAGGGACCAGGUGUCUAGAGGCAAGAGUGUCCUGAGCCCCCACCUGCCUGACCGUCCCACGAGCAGUCCAGCGCUUCAGGGCUGGGCAGGUCCUGGGGAGGCCGAGACUGCAGAGGAGCCACCUGGGCUGGGAGAAGGUGCUUGGGCUUCUGCAGUGAGGCAGGGGAGUCUGCUUGUCUUAGAUGUUGGUGGUGCAGCCCCAGGACCAAGCUUAAGGAGAGGAGAGCAUCCUGUCUGAGACCAAUGGAAGGAGAGAGAUUGAGGAUGCACUGACCUGUUCUGUAGGAGAGACUGGCCAGAGGCAGCUAAGGGGCAGGAAUCAAGGAGCCUCCAUUCCCACCUCUGAGGACUCUGGGCCACAGGCCAUACCAGGUGCUAGGGUGCCUGCUCUCCUUGCCCUGGGCCAGCCCAGGAUUGUAAGUGGGAGAGGCAGAAAGCGUAGGUUCAGAAAUCAUUUCUGAUAUUUGCUGGAGUGCUGGCUCCACGCCCUGGGGAGUGAGCUUGGUGCGGUAGGUGCUGGCCUCAAACAGCCAUGAGGUGGCAGCUCUGAGCCCUCCUUCUUGCCCUGAGCUUUCUGGGAAGGAGCCUGGAGUGUAAUUACCUGUCAUCUGGGCCACUAACUCCACUGGCCUGCCUGAUGCCAGGCCUGGACUGUCCUAGGUGAUCCCAUCUCUGCUGCUUCUGGGCCUGAUGGAGAGGAGAACCCUAGACAUGCCAACUCUUGGGAGCAUUCUGCCUGCCUGGGAACGGGGUGGGCGAGGGAAAGUGUCUGUAAGGACUCAGUGUUGACUGUGGGCCCCCCGGGGUGGGUUUAGCAGGCUGCAGCAGGCAGAGGAGAGUACCCCCCCGAGAGCGUGUGGGGGAAGGCCUUGCUGUCAUGUGAAUCCGUCAAUACCCCUAGUAUUUGGCUGGGUUUUCAGGGGCUUCGGAAGCUCUGUUGCAGGUGUCGGGGGUUCUAGGACUUUAGGGAUCUGGGGAAGGACCAACCCAUGCCCUGCCAAGCCUGGAGCCCCUGUGUUGGGGUGCAAGGCGGGGGAGCCUGGAGCCCCUGUGUCGGGGGGAGAGGGAAGGGGGGUGGCCGUUGAGUUGACCUUCUGAACAUGAGUGUCAACUCCGGGACUUGCUUCCAAGCCCUUCCCUCUGUAGGAAAUUGGAUGUGCCCUGGCUUCCAAGGGAGGCCCAUGUGACUAAUAAAAAACUGUGAACCCUG